CGUGUACUGCAGUAUAUUUGUACUAGCACCACAAUAGAUUAGCACACUCACCUCACUAUGUCGCCACGUUGACAAGAGCCCGAAAAAAAAAAGAAAUUACAUUAACAAAAGCUAAUCAAGUCUAGAAAAGUCCCAUUGUUCUCCCAACUUUUGAGUAAACAGAAGUUAGAACUGAUAAUGGCUGCUGCUAACUCACUGUCACUUACAUCUGCUUUUCUUCCUCGUCAUGGAUUUCAUGGGCCAUCUCAUAAUCAGAACGUACAAUUGAGCACCCAAAAGUUUGCAAGGAAAGCUGUUUCGGGUACAAUAACAGCUAAAUUUGAACUCCAGCCUCCUCCUUAUCCCAUGGAUGCUUUGGAGCCUCACAUGAGUAGUAGAACAUUUGAAUUCCAUUGGGGGAAGCAUCAUAGGGCUUAUGUUGACAACUUAAACAAGCAAAUAGACGGAACAGAACUAGAUGGAAAGACACUAGAAGACAUAAUACUCAUUACAUAUAACAAAGGUUCUCCCCUUCCAGCAUUUAAUAAUGCUGCUCAGGCCUGGAAUCAUCAGUUCUUCUGGGAAUCCAUGAAGCCAAACGGAGGAGGAGAGCCAUCUGGUAAAUUAUUAGAACUAAUCAACAGAGACUUUGGUUCCUAUGAUACAUUUGUUAAAGAAUUUAAGGCAGCUGCAGCAACACAAUUUGGUUCUGGUUGGGCCUGGCUUGCAUACAAACCCGAAGACAAAAAGCUUGCUCUGGUGAAAACUCCUAAUGCUGAAAAUCCUCUUGUUUUGGGCUACACCGCACUGCUCACGAUAGACGUUUGGGAGCAUGCCUAUUAUCUGGACUUUCAGAAUCGGCGACCUGACUAUAUAUCUAUCUUUAUGGAGAAGCUCGUGUCAUGGGAAGCAGUCAGUUCUAGGCUUAAAACAGCAACAGCUUGAGCUGCUUAGCAAGGAGACAGAAAGGAGGAAGAGGCAAAUCUAGGAGGCACUGAAGGGAGAAAGAUGUACGCUGAGAGUACAUAUUUGAGGCAGAAUGAUUUUUGUUAAAGAGAGUCUAUGUUCUAUCCUGCCAUCCUCCUUUUUCAGUGAGGGUUCUAGAUGUCUUCUUUGAGAUUAUGAGAUGUCUUAUUAUGUGUACUUUGAAAGAGUCGAGUGAUGUUCUAAAUUCUGAUAACUAUAUUGUUAUGUUCUUAAGCAGUUGAUGGCUAAA